GACCUGAUGUUUGACACCCCUUGCCACAGACUGUAUCGAGCUGUAUAGAUUGCUGUCUUAACGUGUGUAACAUAUAUUGUGCUUUGUAGUGCAAACAUGUGCUACCUUAACAGCCUGUGGCACCGCCCUUUCACCGCGAAUCAGGUCUUUGAACGGACUUCGGUCAAAGUUUGCUGAAGUUCCUUGCGAGCCAUAUAACUGUCCCAGACGUUUAGCUGUAUAGAUAAAGUCUCUUUUUGUUCAAUAUAACUGACAUUAAAUAAUGAAGAGAAGGGACGUUAAACAGAAUGAGCCAUCCUCCCACAAUAGCGGGGUACAGCGGACUUCCAAAUCCAAGAAGAAGGAGGGGACACGGUCACCACAGUCCCAAGGGUGGCUAAAAAGGGGCUUAUUGGCCCUCUUUGUUAUCUUGGUUGUGGUGCCUUUCUCGGUGAAAAUGCUUCCAGAAUUAAUUCAGCACUUUGUUUACACACACAGAAUCAGCCUGCCAUUCUUUGUUGACCUCAGCCGACCUGCUGAUUUCUCCCUUAAUCACACCAUCAACAUGUACUUAACAUCAGAGGAAGGAAUUUCCCUCGGCGUAUGGCACACUGUCCCUGAAAGUCGGUGGAAGGAGGCACAGGGGAAAGACUUGGCGUGGUACCAAAACACUUUAAGCGAUGGAAGUCCAGUUUUCAUAUAUCUUCAUGGAAACACAGGCACGAGGGCAGCUCCUCAUCGGGUGGGAGUUGCAAAAAUAUUGAGUGCUCUUGGUUACCAUGUCCUAGUGCCUGACUACAGAGGUUUUGGAGACUCCACCGGAGAGCCAACUGAAGCCGGUCUGACCACUGAUUUCCUCUGCGUGUACAACUGGGUCAAAGAACGCAGCAGAAACAGCCUUGUCGUUAUCUGGGGACAUUCUCUUGGCACUGGAGUGGCGACUAACACUGCAGACAAACUUCUGGAGCAGGGAGUGGUGUUUGAUGGGGUGAUCCUUGAAGGCGCAUUCAAUACUGUUCGGCAAAAUAUUCCUCCAUUUAACCCUUUUGCUUGGCGUUACUGGAAAUUUCCAGGCCUUGGUUACUUAUACCGAGCACCAUGGGAAGAUUAUAAGUUUGUCUUUCCUACUGAAGAAAAUUUGAAGAAAAUGAGAAGCCCCAUACUUUUCCUUCAUUCUGAGGAUGAUCACUUGGUUCCCAUUGAGGUUGCUCAGCAGACAUACGAGGUGGCAGCGCGUGCCCAGAAUACAGAGAGAGUAAAGCUGGUGACAUUUGAAGGGUCUCUGGGAUAUCUGCACAACGGCUUAUACAGAGACCCCCGUCUGCCUGAAAUCGUAAAGAGGUUUGUGCAGUCUUUGUAAUGCUGGAAAGACGUCUGAAGCAGAAAGGCCUCGUCAUACUUCACAUGGAGACCACUGAUUUAAUGAGUUGCUUUACUUAUUUUGCAAAAGAAAAAGUGAUUUACUGAAACAUCUUAAUGAAUUCUGAACACUGUAAAUUGAAUGAGUUUAAAGUUUUUAAUGAACUGAAAGAAUUUUUGAAGCUUUUAUAAGAUUGUGUUUCUAAAUGAGUUGCAGCUUUAGGAUUGUUAACUGCUGAUUUUUGUGAUUGUAAAUAGGAAAUGGAAAUGUGAGACAUUACCACACAAGUGAUAACUUGUGUUAUCUUCUGUUAUCACAAGUGUCGUUAAAGAAAAAAAAGGAAAUAAAGACAGAAAUCCUGA